ACGCCAUUUGCAAUGGAGAAACCGCGUCUAUGUAGGCCUCCAACAUUAUCACCAUCAGCUCGUAAACGACAAAGAAAGGCAUCGUACGACAAAAAGAAGGCCAGAACCAUUGAUCUGGGAGAUUCGCUCGAGGCAUGGACUCGUAUGAAGAAUGAAAAUAAAUGCACAGACUCGGAGUUGGUGAAAAUGCUCAUCGCAUCUUAUGCAAAAACAACCGUCUCGGCCAAAGAAAAUUUAAAGAAGUCGCCCUAUGUAGGCUGCACACUGAGCGGUCUGCCCAUCAUGCAAGCAUUCAAAGCCCAGUUCACAGAGCCCACUGGAGGGUCUGUGUCACAGAGAUGUGGGAUAUUCCUUAUAGUUCCUUUUGUUCCGGCCACUGGAUCCAAUGUGGUAGAUAUGACCCCACUGACAGCAACCAGAGAAGCUGUGGUAGACUCCAAUGUUUACCUACAAGAGUUGAUGUCAGAUAAAGCAGUCAUUGAGGAUAAACAUAUGGAUGCCACCACACGUAACGAUAACCUGACAGGAAAACGUAAACAGGACAUCAUUAUAAAGAAAGAUCUGGAUGAUUCAGUGAGUGAUACUUUGAACGUAGAAGACAUUACAGCUGCCACCAGUUUGACUUUACAAGCACCUCACAUGAACAAUCAGGGGGAGAAAAGGACGCGAACAAUUUCAAUGACUUAUGAAGACCCAAAAUGUGAAAUAUCUGAUGAAAACUCGUAUUUAGGACUGUCUGACAAAGAAUGCGACUUUGAAUUAUCAGAUGAAAACCCUGACUUUGCCCUGUGUGACAAGGAGGAGGGUCAGUCAAAUAAUGAAAGCUGUCAGAAAGAAAUGAAACUGCUAGAAAACUUCAUUCAGAACAAAUCUAAAGUAAGAUACCUUGAUGAAGAGGAUGAAAAGCUUGAUAAGAAGUUUGAGUCUCGAAGGAAAAGUACACGAUUACGAUCAAAGGGCUAUCGACCUGACUUCAAAGCUCUGGAAUUACCUGAUGAUUCGGACGAAGAAACAAAUGAUAAACAUUUUGGUGAUUUGGCUAAAGAUGGUUCAAGUGAAGAUGAUAUUACUGUAGAUGACAUUACAGAUACUAUGAGUAUGACUGUAAGAGCAUGUAAAAUGAAUCGGGGAAGAAAAAGAAAGAAAAACAUAUCAGAGACUGAAGAAGACCCUGACUUUGAAUUAUCUGAUGAAAACCCUGACUUUGGGGCAUCUGAGAAAGAAUCUGACUCUGAACCAUCUAAAACAGACCCCGACUUUCAAUUGCAGCUUCAUAGUAAAGAUGGUGAAUUAUUUGAAUCCAGAGAUAAUACAAUUAAAAAGAAAGUUGUGUCAUCUAAGAAUCCUUGUGUCAGAAAAGUACCCAAAGUUAAAAAGAAAAAGAUCAUGAUAGAAACAUGUGUGGGAAUCACAGGUGACAUGAAAAUGAAACUUAAAAGUGAGUUGAAAUGGAAAUCAAUAAAGCUUGAAGACCAUGCAGACAAAUACACUGUUGUGAAAGUACCAUCUGUUUCUCAGAAAGAUCGGAAUCUUGAUGUUUUUGAGGAACUUUUUUCAUGUUUAGUUUGUAAAGGUUUCAAAGCAGAGGACAAGACAGCAUUUGAGGAACACAUUGAAGAACAUGUGAAUGGAAUUCUUCGCUGCAGAAUUUGUGACUAUGAAUCAAAAAACCAAGCUUAUGUAAAAAAGCAUCAAAAGGAUGCUCAUCCUAACUUGACAAAGAGGUCAGUCAUCAUGGGUUAUAGCUGUGAACUGUGUGGAGUAGAACUCAAAGAGCUAAAUAUAUAUAGAAACCACAUGGCUAAACAACACAAUGAAGCUAGGUGGUAUUGUAACCAUUGUGAAGCUGUUUAUUUCAAGCAGAGUGUGCUUAUUAAACAUAAGUGUGAAGUUCAUUCAGAAAUUAUGGCAUACUGUAAAAAGUGCAAGUUGCGUUUCUUAGACAUGACCAAGGAUUGUUAUGAGCAACAUGUAGCAAAUUGCCAAGGCGCAUCAGAAGACAAUGUGAAAAAAGGCUGGCUUUGUCCUGAUUGUGGAAAACGAUACUGCUCCAAGAUUGAUCUAACUCGACAUAUAAAACAUGUGCACUGCAACAUACGAGACUUUCAGUGCCCUAAAUGUUCCUACACUGCGAAAUGUUCUGGCAAUUUCAAGAAUCACAUGAGGACUCACGAUGGUAUCAAACCAUACAAAUGUGACCAAUGCGCAAUGAGCUUCGUUCAGGCGUUCCAGUUGACCUCCCACAUGCGCACACACACAGGGACCAAGCCAUUUAAGUGUGACCAAUGCAGCUAUGCGGCUGCGUGGAACGUUCAGCUUAAGGAGCAUCGGGGAAUCCAUGGCUUACCAACGGCCAUCAAGUGUGUGGCCUGCAAUGUCCUGUUCAAGAACGCUAGAGUGCUGAAUGCUCACACCAAGAAGGAGCACCCCAGUUGAUACCAUUUGAGCCCGUUGUGGGAAAACUGGGCUUAAUGCAUGUAGGUUAAGUGUCAUCCCAGAUAAGCCUGUGUAGU